AUGGAUUCGAUCGUAGAUCUGCGAUUUGUGCUGCUAGAAAUCGAGAAGAAUACGGAACUGAGCGAGGUGUUGCGUUCUGGAUUGAAUGGUGUGAGUGUAUUGGAAAAGAGGGUACAUCAAAUUCUGCAGAGUCUGCACAUGGCUAAGGAUUCGACAGAUG